AUGACUGGUACCCAAAGAAAGCUCCCUGCUCUACUCCGGCCCUCCCCAAAACCCGAGCUAUCAGAGCAGGGGGCGGGUGGACUGAUCACAGAGGAAUUGCCCGUUUCCGGGAGGUUGGGGAAGCCACCCCAAACACUAGCCCCACCAGACGCAGUCAUUGAACCGGGCUUUCCGGGUUCAACCAGCGCUGUAAGGGAAGAGCAGCGAGCCAGGAGAGGCGGGUGGCCCGCCCCGACCUGCAACCACACGGGGGCGUGUCCCGAGCCCCACCAGGAGGAGCACGCGGGGCGGGGGCGGGGCCCCGGGAGGCGGGGUCGCCAGCCGCUCCAAGGCCCCAGCCGCGCCAGGAGCCCGACGGGGAGGCGGCAGGAGGGGCCCGGGACGGCUGGAUUGAGCGGCAGUCGCAGCUGCAGCAGGACGGCCCGCAGGCGGCUCGGGGCCGCGCGCCGGGAACCUCGCAGGGCGGGCGGGCGCGGCACCCCCUGCCUGGCCGCCUGCGCCCCGGGGAGGCGGCCCGCGCGUGACGGGACCAGCAGCAUGAGCAGCGGCUACAGCAGCCUGGAGGAGGACGCCGAGGACUUCUUCUUCACCGCCAGGACCUCCUUCUUUAGGAGAGCGCCCCAGGGCAAGCCCCGCACCGGCCAGCAAUUUCAUCUUCUGGGGCCAUUUUUGAGGAAUCGGUUUUAAGGCAGGAACCAAGGGAUGGGAUUCACUGGGACCAGGAACCACAUUUGCCCUAGUGCCUGACACAUAGGAACAUGCACAGUAAGUGUUUGCUGAAUGGAGUUCUUGCCAAAGGAACUAGCCAGCACUGACUGUUAUCCCCGUCCUUUUCCCUACGCUGAGCUCCU